UCUAAUGCCGCCACAUCGCUCUCCUGCACCUUCUGCAGUCGAUCCGGCCAUUCCGAGGACCAGUGCUACGCUAAACGCGAUGCCGGUGUCAAAGCGAAAGAACGUGCUGCUCAACGCUCACAGUAUCGCUCCAACAAGUCCAGAAGCAAGCAGGAGGCGUCCCAGGCUUCGAACGACACAUCCAGGACGCAGGGGACACCCCAGGAGUCCGCUGGUGCGGCCACUGUGAGUGCUGGUUGCGCUCUUGCCCUCUCCUCUUCAGCAGAUCGCUCUACCUGGCUCGCUUCGCCUGCUGCUGCUAACUGGAACACCGACACAGGUGCAUCUGCACACAUGACACCACACCGCCACUGGUUUCGCUCCUACUCACCCCACAACGUCCCCAUUCGCCUCGCCAACUCGCACAUUGUCUACUCGGCUGGAUUGGGGUCUGUAGUGUUCCAACCUGCGUCUAGAGGCGGCGUUUUACCCCCUGCUGUCGUUCUACACGAUGUCCUUCAUGUACCUGCGCUU